AUGGCCAGCAAGAAGCUGCGCCCUUACUUUCUGGCACACAAACUAGUGGUAUACACAGACCAACCUUUGAAACAACCCCUUACUAAGCUAGACGCUGCUGGACGAAUGCUGAAAUGGGCAAUUGAACUUAAUGCAUUUUAUAUCUCAUAUGAGCCUCGAAAAGUUAUCAAGGGACAAGCAUUUGCUGAUUUCAUUGCAGAAAUGACGAGGCCGACUUUUGAAAAGAAUGUGGCGACUCGCUGGACAGUCUAUGUAGAUGGCUCGUCAACCCAGAACGGGUGUGGAGCCGGCAUAAUAUGUCAAUCUCCCGAAGGAGACAAGUAUGAGUAUGUCAUGAGAUUCAAUUUCCAAACAUCCAACAACGAGGCAGAAUACGAAGCUUUAUUAGCCGGCAUAAAAAUGUGCAAAGCCGCUGGAGCUCAAGAAAUACUUGCCUUCUCUGACUCUCAACUCAUUGUGAGUCAAGUAAAUGGGGACUAUGAGGCAAGAGACCCUAACAUGAUCAAAUAUAUGCAAGUUGUGCAUCAAGAAAUAGAACAUCUAAAGAGCUUUGAAGCUAAGCAGAUUCCCAGAACGGAGAACAAUCAGGCCGAUGCCCUGUCAAAACUAGCUACCUCGGCUUCCUGUGAUACACCGCGUCACGUGUUCUGGGAAGUAAAUGAUAAGCGAAGUAUUGAGCAGGAAUUGUGCGCUCCUAUGGUAGCUAUUCUGGAUCGGUCGUCAACCUGGAUGGACCCUAUCAUUGCUUACAAAGUGGACGGUUCGCUUCCGGACGACUCAAGUCUGGCCGCCAAAAUACAAAAGAAGAGUUCUUGGUUUGAAUGGUGGAAUGGAGUUUUGUACAGGAAGUCAUUUUCUAGACCCCUUCUGCGGUGUGUCACUCCUGAGAAAGGGAAAGAAAUUCUAGAUGAUUUGCACCAGGGAUUAUGUAGCUCCCACAUUGGAGGACGAGCCUUGGCAGAGAAAGCCUUGCGAACUGGUUAUUACUGGCCCACUUUGAGAGAAGACGCCCUAGCUAUGGUGCAAAAAUGUGACAAGUGUCAACGGUUUGCUCAUCUCAUCCACAGGCCGGCCAACCCUCUCACUCCUAUUAUGAGUCCCAUUCCGUUUGCCAAGUGGGGAAUGGACCUGUUAGGGCCAUAUACAACGGCCCCUGGGGGCCGACGCUAUGUGAUAGUGGCUGUUGAUUACUUCACCAAGUGGGUUGAAGCAGAGGCUCUCAAGAACAUAAAGACAAGUGAUACCACGGCAUACACAGCUGCUUUGCCUCUGUGGGACGACCUCAAGCCAAUGGCCAAGUCGAAGCCUUUAACAAGAUUAUCUCCGAGGGGGAUCAAGAAGAAACUAGAUGAAGCCAAGGGUCUAUGGGCCGAUGAGCUGCCAAACGUCUUAUGGUCUCCGCACCACGGCUAA